CAGGGUGGAGUUCAACCUGCUUUUUCCUAGAUGUGAAAGGAAGGGAAGGUCAUUUCUGCCUUGUUGAUAAAGGUUCAAACUUCUGCUGAAUCAUAACUAUUUGGCGCUGAGCUAUGACAAGGGAGGAAACAAAAAGUUAAACGAGCAAGCCUGCCCUGCGCGAGAAGCACACUUCCUUGAUAACAUGCUUUUGCGAAGUUCAGGAAAAUUAAACGUGGGAACCAAGAAAGAGGAUGGAGAGAGUACAGCCCCCACUCCCCGUCCCAAGAUCUUACGUUGUAAAUGCCACCACCAUUGUCCAGAGGACUCAGUCAACAACAUUUGCAGCACUGACGGAUACUGUUUCACAAUGAUAGAAGAAGAUGACUCUGGGAUGCCUAUAGUCACUUCUGGAUGCCUAGGACUAGAAGGCUCAGAUUUUCAGUGUCGGGACACUCCCAUUCCACAUCAGAGAAGAUCGAUUGAGUGCUGCACGGAAAGGAACGAGUGUAAUAAAGACCUGCACCCCACGCUGCCUCCACUGAAAAACAGAGAUUUCGUUGAUGGACCUAUACACCACAAGGCUUUACUUAUAUCUGUGACUGUCUGUAGUUUGCUCUUGGUCCUCAUCAUUGUAUUCUGUUACUUCAGGUAUAAAAGACAAGAAACCAGACCUCGGUACAGCAUUGGGUUAGAACAGGAUGAAACGUACAUUCCUCCGGGAGAAUCCCUGAGAGACUUAAUUGAGCAGUCUCAAAGCUCUGGAAGUGGAUCAGGCCUCCCUCUGCUGGUCCAAAGGACUAUAGCUAAGCAGAUUCAGAUGGUGAAACAGAUUGGAAAAGGUCGCUAUGGGGAAGUUUGGAUGGGAAAGUGGCGUGGCGAAAAGGUAGCUGUGAAAGUCUUCUUCACCACAGAGGAAGCCAGCUGGUUCAGAGAGACAGAAAUAUACCAGACAGUGCUGAUGAGGCAUGAAAACAUUUUGGGGUUCAUUGCUGCAGAUAUCAAAGGGACAGGGUCCUGGACCCAGUUGUACCUAAUCACAGACUAUCAUGAAAAUGGUUCCCUUUAUGAUUAUCUGAAAUCCACCACCCUGGACACUAAAUCAAUGCUGAAGUUAGCCUACUCUUCGGUCAGUGGCUUGUGUCACUUACAUACCGAAAUCUUUAGUACUCAAGGCAAACCAGCAAUUGCCCACCGAGACCUGAAAAGUAAAAAUAUCCUCGUGAAGAAAAAUGGAACUUGCUGUAUAGCUGACCUGGGUCUGGCUGUUAAAUUUAUUAGUGAUACAAACGAAGUUGACAUCCCACCCAACACUCGGGUUGGCACCAAACGCUAUAUGCCCCCAGAAGUGUUGGAUGAGAGCUUGAAUAGAAAUCACUUCCAGUCUUACAUCAUGGCCGACAUGUAUAGCUUCGGACUCAUCCUCUGGGAGGUUGCUAGGAGAUGUGUAUCAGGAGGUAUUGUGGAAGAAUAUCAGCUUCCCUAUCAUGACCUCGUGCCCAGUGACCCCUCUUAUGAGGACAUGAGAGAGAUUGUGUGCAUCAAGAAGUUACGUCCCUCAUUCCCCAACCGGUGGAGCAGCGACGAGUGUCUGAGGCAGAUGGGGAAACUCAUGACAGAAUGCUGGGCUCACAACCCUGCUUCGAGGCUGACAGCCCUGCGUGUUAAGAAAACACUUGCCAAAAUGUCAGAGUCCCAGGACAUUAAACUGUGAUAUGAGAGGAAACAGUAAGCUUCUCUGCAGAAAGCCAACAGAUACUUCUCUGUUUGUGGGCCGAGCAGAAGUCGUUAAAGGAGCAUCCACAGUCACAACCUUGAACAUCGUCCUGCUUCCCAGUGGGUUCAGACCUCCCCUCUCAGGGAGCUCCCUGGACAGAGACAAGUUCCCAGAGGCACAGAUUGGUCUGUGUCUGUCUGCAGGAGGGAGGAACCGCUUGGGUAACUUGUUCAAGAUUUGAUGCAU